AUGGGUAAAUCACAGUCCAAGCUCUCCCAGGAGCAGCUCGCCGAGCUCCAAAAGUCGACUCACUUUGACAAGAAGGAGCUGCAACAAUGGUACAAGGGCUUCCUCAAGGAUUGCCCGUCGGGGAUGCUGAGCAAGGAAGAGUUCCAGAAGAUCUACCGGCAGUUCUUCCCGUUCGGGGAUCCAAGCUCGUUUGCAGACUACGUCUUCAACGUCUUUGACAGUGACAAGUCCGGGACCAUUGACUUUAAAGAGUUCAUCUGCGCGCUGAGCGUUACUAGCCGGGGCAAGAUGGAGGACAAGCUGGACUGGGCGUUUCAGCUGUACGACAUUGACGGCGACGGCAAGAUAAGCUACGACGAGAUGCUCCAGAUUGUCGAGGCAAUCUACAAGAUGGUCGGGUCCAUGGUCAAGCUGCCCGAGGACGAAGAUACCCCGGAGAAGCGCGUCAAGAAGAUUUUCCGCAUGAUGGACAAGGACGAGAACGGGUCCCUCGACAUGGAGGAGUUCAAGGAGGGCAGCAAGCGCGACGAGACCAUCGUCUCGGCGCUGUCGCUCUACGAUGGGCUCGUGUGA